AAGAAGCUUAAAAUGAAAAAAUUAUUAGAAAAGUAAAAAAGAAAAUUCAAUUAUAACAUAGAAUGGAGAUGAAAAAUUAAGAACUUAAGAUUUAAAAAUCUUAAAAUUAAAUUUAGGAAAAGAAUUACUAUCAGAAAAAAUCAAUAGAAAAGAUUAUGAAUAAAAAAUUAUUAAAACAACAGAUGAAAGAGUUUAUAGUUUAAGACUAGAUAUAGCAAGAUAAAAAAAAUAUAGAGAGAGGAUGUUGAAGAAGAAAGAAGAUUAAGGUAUUAUUAAAAAUAAAUUUUAGGUAAGAAGGAAAUCAAUAAGUUAUAAAAAUAUUAGGAGAUUCAAUAUUGAAAUUAUAAGAAAUUUUAACAACAGAAAAAAAAUAGAGAGAAACAGCAUAAAGUUAGAUGUUCAGAAUGUUUGAUGAGAUGAAUUCUUAUUUGAAUGGAGAACUUAAUGCUGAAAAAAGUGAAAGAGAAGCUACAGAGGAGAGUAUUAUUAAUCUUAUUGAUUAAAGAUGCAAUAGAGUUGAAAAUUCCUUAAGAAAAUGA